AUGUAUUUUUUGUCAAGGUUAACGGUGUUUUCAGUGACAGAGAAGCCGGCCGCCCCUCCGCGGACAGGAGCGCGGGGGGUGCAGGUGGUGAACACGGGCGCCGAGCACACGUUCGUGUUGGAUGAAGAGGCGCUGGAACAGCUGCUGCUGCAGGACGACAUCAAGGACAGGGCAGCCGUCGUCAUAUCUGUGGCCGGCGCCUUCAGGAAGGGCAAGUCCUUCCUGCUCGACUUCUUCCUCCGGUACAUGCAUCACAAGUACGGAGCCGGCGGGGGCGGCGGAGAGUGGUUGGGGUCCGAGGACGAGCCGCUGUCAGGGUUCAGCUGGCGAGGGGGCUCCGAGCGAGACACCACCGGCAUACUCAUGUGGUCCGAGAUAUUCAAGGCCACGCUGGAGACUGGGGAAAAGGUAGCCAUAAUCCUGCUGGACACUCAAGGUGCCUUCGACAGUGAGUCCACAGUCCGCGAGUGUGCGACGGUGUUCGCGCUGUCUACAAUGUUGUCCUCGGUUCAGAUCUACAACCUGGCGCAGAACAUACAGGAGGACGACCUCCAGCACUUACAGUUGUUCACUGAGUACGGUCGCUUGGCGCUAGAGGACGGCGGGCGGACUCCCUUCCAGCGGCUGCAGUUCGUUGUAAGGGACUGGAGCUUCCCUUACGAGGCGCCCUAUGGAGCUGAGGGCGGUCAAAAAAUACUACAGAGAAGAUUGAAAGUGUCUGACAAGCAGCACCCCGAGCUACAGUCUCUCCGUAAACACAUCACGUCAUGUUUCUCGGAGAUCGCCUGCUUCUUAAUGCCUCACCCCGGACUCAAAGUCGCUACCAGCCCCGACUUUGAUGGACGCCUGUCUGACAUCGAAGGUGAGUUUAAGCGCGCGUUGCUCCAGCUGGUGCCGAUGCUGCUGGCUCCACACAACCUGGUGCCCAAACUGAUCAACGGCCAGCCAGUCAGGGUCAAGGACCUGCUGCAGUACUUCAGGAGCUACAUGAACAUAUACAGGGGCAACGACCUGCCCGAGCCGAAGAGCAUGCUCGUGGCGACAGCGGAGGCCAACAACCUGACGGCGGUGGCGGAGGCGCGCGACGUGUACACCACUCUGAUGGAGGAGGUGUGCGGCGGCGCGCGGCCCUACCUGCAGGCGCAGCUGCUGGACCUGGAGCACGUCAGGGUGCGGGACAAGGCGCUGCACGCCUUCCGCGCCAAGAGGAAGAUGGGGGGCGACGAGUUCAGCAAAUCCUACCACGAUCAGCUCAUACAGGACCUAGAGGAACAGUUCCAACAGUUCCGCGCCCACAACGAGAGCAAAAACAUCUUCAAGGCGGCGCGGACCCCGUCGGUGUUGUUCGCGGUGGCGCUGGCCUUCUACGUGAUGAGCGGAGUCCUGGGGCUCCUGGCGCUGUACCCGCUGGCGAACCUCUGUAACCUGGUCAUGGGACUGGCGCUGCUCACCCUCGCCUUGUGGGCCUACAUCAGGUACAGCGGUGAAAUGAGAGAACUAGGUGUUACUAUAGACGACUCCGCCAGCUGGCUGUGGGAGAACGUCAUGAAGCCGGUGUAUCAGGCGGGCAUCGAGAAGGGCAUGGAGCAUGCGGCGGCCGCGGCGGCCGAGCGCGCCUUGGGACCCUCCACGCCCAACGCUAAUGGCAAAUACAAACAAUUGUGA